AUGGACAGCUUAUAUGGCGCCAGAAACUGGUUCUGUGACGUCUGGUUUCUUGAAGAACUAAGAAGCAUGUUGCGGGGAGUCUCAUUUUUGUUCAAGAGGCAGCUCUCGAGUUCAUAUUCUCCUGCCGGGGAAUGUUCGGAAUCCUUGGAGUUGGCGAAGCAAUGGCUUCGCCAACUCAACGUUCAUUCGGUACCGUUGAAGUUGUUUUCAGUCAGAUAUGACAGGUCAAGUGGCCCUGGGGGCCAGAAUGUUAAUAAAGUGAAUAGCAAAUGUACUCUAGUCUUAUAUAGCUUUUCUUCCUGUUCAUGGAUUCCAGAGGCUGUCAGAGACCAAUUAAAGGAGAAGAAUAUGCGAUACUAUGCCAAGGGCAGCGAUUCCCUUGUGAUUCAGUCGGAUGAAUCUAGAUCACGGGAGUCCAACAGGCAGAUUUGCGUCGAAAAGCUGGUGAAGGAAAUCAAGAAGACUUGCAAGUUUCCGGGAAAAGCCUCUGAGGAGACGCUGGAGAAGUGGGACACUAUAAAAGAUAAGGCUAACGAGAGUCGGAUGAGAAAGAAGAAGCUUAAUAGUGAUAGGAAAAAACUCCGAGGUAAAAAUAAUUUUACAUAUUAA